UGAGCAAGAGCGCGCGCAAGAGAGCGCAUGUCUAAUCCUCCAGUGCAACCUCGAGAGUACACACUCCUUAACCGUCUCUCUCUCUCUCUCUCUCUCUCUCUUCAGUGCUCGUGUCUCCGCGGAUGUGGACAGUGCGGGCGCGCGCGUUUCCCCAGCCAUGCUUCGUUAAAACUCUUUCUUCGUUUUCUUUGUUUCUCUUGCGUUACAUUAUUACACUUAAUUACAGUCAAUCUAUCUAUUGUUGUUUUUUCUUUUCUUUUAUUAUAUCAUUGUACUCUCUCUCUCUCUCUCUCUCUCUCUCCGUUUCUCCAUGUGACGGUUUUAUUUGAUACAUUUUCUAUGUGAAUCUCUGCAUGAUGCGGAUGGUCGAACCGGCGCUGCUCUUCGGGCUGUGGGCGCUCGCGCACGGGGCUUUUCCCAGCAGCGUGCAAAUCGGAGGACUGUUCAUCAGGAACACGGAUCAGGAGUACACUGCAUUCAGACUGGCUGUGUUCCUCCACAACACGAGCCCUAAUGCCACUGAGGCUCCAUUUAACCUCGUCCCACAUGUGGACAACAUCGAGAGCGCAAACAGCUUCGCUGUCACCAACGCUUUCUGCUCUCAGUACUCACGAGGCGUGUUCGCGAUAUUCGGCGUGUACGACAAGCGCUCGGUCCACACGCUCUCGUCGUUCUGCGCAUCUCUGCACAUCUCGCUCGUCUCGCCGAGCUUCCCAGCAGACGGAGACACGCAGUUCCUGAUUCAGCUCCGCCCCUCCAUCCGCGGCGCCCUGCUCAGCGUCAUCGACCACUACGAAUGGACACGGUUCGUCUUCCUGUACGACACGGACCGAGGAUACACCAUCCUUCAGGCUAUCAUGGAGAGGGCUGGUCAGAAUGGAUGGCUGGUGAGUGCAAUUUGUGUGGAGAACUUUGGUGAUGCUGCAUAUCGACGCCUCCUUGAAGAUCUGGACCGUCGCAAUGAGAAGAAGUUCGUUGUCGAUCUAGAGGCAGAACGACUCCAGAACUUUCUAGAGCAGGUUGUGAGUGUAGGAAAGCAUGUGAAGGGUUAUCAUUACAUCAUUGGCAACCUGGGCUUUAAAGAUGUGUCUCUUGAGCGCUUUAUGCACGGAGGAGCAAAUGUUACUGGUUUCCAGUUGGUGGAUUUCAGUAAACCGAUGGUGAUCAAACUUAUGCAGCGCUGGAACAAACUCGAUCAGAGAGAAUACCCAGGCUCCGAAACUCCGCCCAAGUACACUUCAUCCCUGACGUACGACUCAGUAUUGGUGAUGGCCGAAGCGUUCCGGAACCUUCGGCGGCAGAAGAUUGACAUCACACGCCGUGGGAACGCAGGAGACUGUCUGGCCAAUCCGGCAGCUCCGUGGAACCAAGGCAUAGACAUGGAGCGCACCUUAAAGCAGGUACGGAUUGAGGGUCUGACAGGAAACAUUCAAUUUGAUCAGAACGGACGCAGAGUGAAUUACACCAUGGAUGUGUUUGAAAUGAGGAGUAACGGCCCACAAAAGAUCGGUUACUGGAACGACAUGGAUAAACUGGUCUUGGUGCAGAACGAGCUAGCGGGAGGAAACGGCUCAGCCGGGGAGAACAGAACAGUCAUCGUCACCACCAUCAUGGAAGGACCGUAUGUGAUGCUGAAGAAGAACUGGGAGAUGUAUGAAGGGAACUAUCAGUAUGAAGGAUACUGCGUGGACCUGAUGUCUGAAAUUGCCAAUCACAUCGGGAUUAAAUACAAAAUCUCCAUCGUUCCAGAUGGGAAGUAUGGCGCAAGGGAUCCGGAGACCAAGAUCUGGAAUGGGAUGGUGGGAGAGCUUGUGUAUGGGAAAGCCGAGAUCGCAGUGGCUCCUUUAACGAUCACCCUCGUCAGGGAGGAAGUAAUCGACUUCUCCAAACCCUUCAUGAGCCUUGGAAUCUCCAUCAUGAUCAAAAAGCCGCAGAAGUCCAAGCCGGGGGUGUUCUCGUUCCUCGACCCGCUGGCCUACGAGAUCUGGAUGUGUAUCGUAUUCGCCUACAUCGGAGUGAGCGUCGUGCUUUUCCUCGUCAGCCGCUUCAGUCCCUACGAGUGGAAACGGGACGAGGCCGAGGAAGAAAUGGACACCGAUCAGCCGCCCAACGAGUUCGGCAUCUUCAACAGCUUGUGGUUCAGCCUGGGAGCCUUCAUGCAGCAGGGCUGUGACUUCACACCAAGGUCGUUGUCAGGUAGGAUAGUGGGCGGGGUUUGGUGGUUCUUCACGCUGAUCAUCAUCUCGUCUUACACGGCGAACCUGGCUGCUUUCCUCACCGUGGAGAGAAUGGUGUCUCCCAUCGAGAGCGCAGAGGAUCUCGCCAAGCAGACGGAGAUCGCCUACGGCACGCUGGAUGCUGGAUCCACCAAGGAGUUCUUCAAGAGGUCUAAGAUUGCGGUUUAUGAGAAGAUGUGGUCGUACAUGAAGUCGGCCGAGCCGUCCGUUUUCACCAAGACGACUGCAGAGGGCGUGUCCCGGGUGCGCAGGUCGAAGGGGAAGUACGCCUUCCUGCUGGAGUCCACCAUGAACGAGUACACAGAGCAAAGGAAGCCGUGCGACACCAUGAAGGUCGGAGGGAACCUUGACUCCAAAGGCUACGGCAUCGCCACACCCAAGGGCUCACAGCUAAGAAACGCUGUGAACCUGGCUGUGCUAAAGCUGAAUGAACAAGGCCUGUUGGACAAAUUGAAAAAUAAAUGGUGGUACGACAAAGGCGAGUGUGGCAGCGGGGGCGGAGACGCUAAGGAUAAGAGCUCUCAGGCGCUGAGCUUGAGCAAUGUAGCGGGUGUGUUCUACAUCCUGGUGGGCGGGCUCGGCCUCGCCAUGCUGGUGGCGCUCGUCGAGUUCUGCUACAAGUCACGGGCGGAAGAGAAGAAACGGGCGGAAGAGUGGAAGCAGAAACAAGCAGAGUCGGCCGAGCUGAACUUCAGUCCGGUGCCGAGCCCGAGCCCGAGCGUGCAGAACUUAGCGACGUACAGAGAAGGUUACAACGUGUACGGCUCGGAUGGCAUAAAGAUCUAGAGGAGUUCGCCUUCACCGAAGCAGUGAGAGUGAGACUCCGGCUGUGGAUCACAGGGGAAAAAGGGACCACCUUUAUGGAUUCCGGCCCCACCCAUGCCAUGGAGUUUCCAUAGCAACCAAAAAAACCUCACGCUGUGCCUUACGUCACACUCCUUCUGCUGACGACGCCAUGCUUCCUGCUGAACCGGACUACUCCUUUAUGGAAUUGUACAGAACUACACAAACAUGUACACAAACAGACACUCAGUGCGUCCAUGGGAAAAGAGGCGGAGCCGACGCAUCAACAGGAUUUCUUGACGCCUUAAUAUUAUUACAUCUUUACCGAAACCCCACCCACUUACUAAAAUGCCCAGAAGACCAGAAAACUGUCCGGCUGAAUACAGUUCCUGUGGUAUCAACAUGUUUCCUUUAUUCGGUUAUGACACCUAGUCUCCUGAGAACAAGCGCUCUGUCCCAAAUGCUAGCAUUCAGCCAGUUUAACCCACAGAAUUCUCCACAGUGCUCAUUUCAUGUUUAAGUGUUCGUAUGGUGUUAUGCACACAUUAUACAUUAUAUGAGCGUCUAUGUGUGUGUGUGUGUGUGUGUGUGUGUGUGUGUUAUCCAUAUGAUCAUAUGUCAGGUUUAAAUCUACAACAGCAGUGCUGCGUGUGCUAAUCACCCACUCAAACCACUGACUAGCAGACUGUUAGCUAGCAGGAAAUCAGCUAGCUGCUGUUUAUAUAAUGACUCUUCUUUGUGAUACAGUACAUCUGACACGUGUCCCUGAUUCUCUGAAGACUUUUAUCAAACGCUAGCGUUUGGGAUUAAUGCAGCUCAGAUUAUGGUAGCAUAUUAGCCUUGCUAAUUAGCAGUUUAUUUACAAGCAGAAAAACACCACUUAGUCCCAUAGUUUAAUGUUUGCUAAUCAAUAAAUAAUGAUCAAAAAUUAAAUUUGUAAAAAAAAAAAAAUACAAUAAAAAUAAGAAAUUGGGAACAUUCUAACAGGAAGUAGAACACUAUGUGCACAUACAUGCUUUGACCCCGUUACUGUAAAUAACUGUAGACACACACGGAUCCCACCUGAUUUUAGGUAAUGACUCAUCGCAAUAAUGAAUAUAAGACAACACAAAAUCUUUUAUAUGCACACUUGUAAAGAGAAAUGAGUGCAUAGUAUUAUAGAGACUUACAAACUAAAAGAGCACCAUAAUGUGUGUGUGUGUGUGUGUGUGUGUGUGUGUGUGUGUGGGAUAGAGAGAGAGAAUUCAUGCCAUUUGUUCUGUCAACACUUGAGCUCUAAUACGCUUUUUAAACACUUCCCCUGAUUGACUGAAUCCACUUGGCCAUCUUAAGGACUGUUCCAAAUUAUCAGCUUCCUUUUUUUCCAAAAUGGCAGAUGAAGGUAACCCUGUAGACGCUGGUCAGCAUCCCAAUGGAUCCAGAUCCAGAGCUAGCGCUUGUCAGGAGGAUAUUGUUAUCGCUAGCACAGCUACAGAGGAGUUUAAUAGGGAGACUCUGGUUUCUGGGUUAGCGCCUAAAAUCAAACUAGUGAGAAAUAGAUUUGUUGUUAUUUUCUGAAACUUUUCUAAAAUAACCUGAUUUCUGUAAUCAUUUGCUGUGAUGAACUGUUUGAAUAUUUGAAAUAUUCUUCAAAUAUUUCAAAAUCAUCCAGUUUAGUGACAGAUUGCAAUUCAUUUGCAAACAGCGUAACACAUCUAGUCAUAAGUUCCCCCAGUGUUAGCAUUAAUUUGGUAUUAGAAUUUAGCAGCCAACUUACAGCAAAUUUCAGCUGCAUUGUUGUAGCUACUGAAGGGUUACUUUCUACCAGAGGCGGGUCGUGCAUUUUACACCUAGGCCUUCACUGGUGUCCUUCCUGAAUUAAUCCACCUCUAUACCAUCAUUAUGACUGCAAUCUCCGGAGGACGCAGCAUCCGAAAUGAGAGGCAGCGAAUAUAGAAACAAUGUAUAUGUGCGGUUCGCUGCCUCUGACUACUCCAAUUAUCCAAUCAAAGGACGGGAAAUUGCUGACGUAAUCGUAUGCCUGCUAGAUGGCCCAGUGACGCCAACUCAACAUCUGAUUGGUUAAUUUAACAAUUUAAUUGCCGCUUAUUUUAAGCCACGGGCGCCUGCACUAAGGCCUUAAGGCAGAUUUCCUUCACCCUGGCAACACAUGAUGUCAGCCACUGGCUGAAAUAUGAUUGGAUAAAUACUCUUAUCAUAAAUAUACACUACUGGAAGCAGCGCAACCAAGAAAAAAGCUAUAAAAUGUAGAGAAUAGACUAUUAGGAAUAAUUUAAUACACAUUCAUGGAAAAAUGUAUUAAAUAUAUUAAAAUGCAAGUCAGUGAUUCAGAUCACUGCUGUUUAGGCCAGCAGAGAAGGCCUUGCUGGCCCUGACGGUCCGCCAAUGCUCUCUACACACUCCUCCCAUUAUACUACAAGUGUACACUUCAAGUGGCCUAGUUCAUUCAUGCUUUAGAUUCAUGAGGCGAAGUGCCUGGAAAAAGUGUAUUGCGGCAUUGUGUAUGUCCACACCCUAAAGAAAAGUUUGUUCUUUCUGUUUGUUUGGUUAGUUUUUCAUUUUGCAUUUGGUUUUAUUUCAUCGUUUGCUCAAGAGAUAUAAAUAAAGAUGAGUUUGAGUAAUAAAACACAUUU